UAUAUUGUAAAACAGACCCAAUUUUCUCUAAAGUAUUCAGCUGAUACAAAAAAAUUGUUUUUCCUCCUUUAAGAAUAUAAAAAAUUUUUGAUUCAAAAUUUUUUCCCCAAAUUCAAAGGAAAUAGAAACAGUUUGUAAAGUAAAGACUAAAGCAAUGGAGAAGGGGACAAAAGUGGUGAAGGUAAGAAAGAUGACCGUGCAAGAUAUUGUAGCAUUGAUCAAAGAAGUUGAAAAACACGGUGUUUUAUGGGACAAAACUAUGAAAGAACAUUCUAGUAAAAAGCUUAAAGAUUUUGCUUGGGAAAAUAUAUCCGUCACGCUGGGUUUCCCUAGUGAUAUGCUAAAAGAGAAAUGGAAAUGCCUUAAGCAAAUGUUUGCCCAAGAGUACAAGAAAUUCAUUAAGCAUAAGUUCAAUGACGGCCCUCUACCAGUCAAAUGGCCUUAUUUUGAUUCGAUGAGCUUUCUGAACCAGAUUGUUACAGCGCAAAACUCUUCGUCUAACGAAUGCCUAGUUGAUGAUACAAACAAUUGUAUAGUGCAGAACGAAGUUUUCGAAGCGAGUUCAAGAAACGAGGGGCACGGAUCGAGAAAAAAAAUGAAAAACAUACAAGUCGUUUCAACGAUGAACCAGGUGAUGAACACUGACGAGGACUAUCACUUCCUCCUGAGUCUAUUACAGCCGCUAAAGAGAAUACCGACUCUCCAGAAGUCUUCAUUUAAACUGAAGAUUCUACAGCUGUUGUGCGAAGAAGAGCAUUUCGCGACCAAUCAGCCGGUCGAUAAUUUCAACCACUGCUCACAAUAUGCUUAUAUGAAUCAACAGCCCACUUUCCAUCAAGGCACUGUUAACCAAUAAAAUUGGUUUGAAAGUUUAAA